AUGGUGUCGCCGCGCCAGACUGGAAAGACAAGCCAGGGGCGGAGGCGCAGGGAGCUGGUCCUCAUCGAGGACCCCAAGAGCCGCAUGGUGACCUUCUCCGAGUGCAAGUCGGGGUUUUUCAAGAAGGCCUCGGAGCUUUCCCUCCUCUGCGGCGCCGCCGUCGUCUUCUCCGCCACCGGCAAGCCGUCCGCAGUGGGCGCCCCCUCCGUCGAACGCUUCAUCAGCCGCUUCGCUCCGCUCCCCAGCGACGGCGGCGAUGACGACGACCGCGACCGCGAGGUGAUGGAGGCCACGGCGCGGCGGGCGAAGGAGACCGGCGCGCGCGUGGCCUAG